AUGCAGGCAUCUCCUCAAAGGGAAAAGGCGCAACAACAGGCAGUUGCUGUAUUCCUACCAACUCUGCCGCAAACCUCACCCCUCAUUGGUGCACUAACUGAACAUCUCCUGAGCUCCGCCACGCCCGCAGCCGUCAUUACUCCUGAAUCGCUAAAACGCCAGCUGAAUUCCUUAAGGGAGACCGAGGGGCCUCAGAAUAGUGGCCUGUUGGAGCCCCCAGAGGGGACGGCAGCAGGAAGCCUACACCAUAGAAAGAGACAGCACUGGACACCCCUACAAGAAGCCGAACUGCUCCACAGAGUCUCAGAAUUACAGUCAGCUUGCCCGACAGUAUGUGUGCUGGCGACUCGCCUUCCCGUUGCUUCGCUCUUUGAGCAGCUGGCUCCCAGGCGUCGUCUAGAGCCGCCUCUGGCUGGGGAAGAAGGCCUCCUCUAUCCCCCCGACCCCCCACCAACCCCAGGAACAGCUCCAUCUCGACUCAUCCUGGUUCCCCUUUUCAGGUACGACGACGAAGAUGGAGAGGGGCUGGGCCUCGCGUGGGGUGGCGAAGGCUCUGCGGACUGCCUAAAUACACCACUUGACACUGCAGAACGUCCCGCAACAGCUGCAGUUGAGUGCGCUCGGAAGGCAGCAGCAGCCUCUGCCGCUGAUGCAGGUUUCUCUUGUGUAUCGGGCCUGUGGGGUCAGGCUGCCCUGCAAGUAGGGGCCCUUAGGGCCCUCGAGCCUACUGCCCGAAUUCUUGUAGUCUUUGUAGGCACGCGGACGGCCCUCACAGCUCCGCAGCCACCUCCUCCGGAAGAGGAGGAGGCAGAGCACAGCGCAGAAGCGCUUCGAAUACUAGGUGCAGAUGCUGCUGAGGCUGCACCAAGUGCGACGUGUAGGGAAAAUGCAAAGCUGUCUGCUGCUGCUGCACCUGACACCGCCGAUGCUGGCGCAGGGGGGAAGGGCUGCGGCAGAAAAAAAGUUACGAGCAGGAGAAUGAAGAAAAGGGCGCAUUCCAGAGACCUCCUCUCUGAGCUGGACGUCUUGGUGUGCGAGCUUCUGCUGCUGUGGCAGAUAGACACAGCGUAUGAGCCAACAGAAGAAGCAGCAGCAGCCCUGGUGGGCCGUCUGCUCAAAAGUGCAGCAGCUAGCAAACAGCUGCGGCUUCUCCCGAAGGGAAAGCUAAGGCGUCUCGUUGCGUCUGCCAGGGAAGAGCCGCCAGCGGCAGCUUGCACUGCUGCUGCUGGGGGCACGGAUGUAGUCGAAUGUGCAGCGGAGAGCGUUCCUCCCGACUUCCCGAAGAUGGGAACGAAGGCAGACACCGUCAAGCGCCUGUGGCAGGCCCAGCUCCUGCAGCUUCCUGGGGUGUCUGAGGAGGUGGCGUGUGCCGUCUCUGCAGCCUUCCCCGUUCCUGCUCUUUUAUUUGAGCGUGCAGCGGCAGAAGCCGCAGCUACUAAGGAAGCACCUUCCGACUCGAGCCGACGAAAACGGAGAACUCACACCGACUCUGGCGCGCCUACUCUUCUACAAGCUGAGCUAGCAGCAAUCACAGUGCCAGGCCGCUGUGGGGAGAGACGCGUGGGAGACGCCCUUGCACGGCGAAUUCUAAAGGUGUUCGCCUUGGAGACAGACCCGGAAGCACCUGUUUGA